UAGCAAAAGUAAAGAUUUGUUCAUGAGUCGUCUCGAAGUUUGAGUUGUAAUUUUUUAAUAUUGAACGCUACAUAAUGGUUCAGCAGUAACUCAUAUAUUUACAGUAACUACAGUUGGUCCCCCUAUUAUAUUCUAAGUUCAUUUGUGUAUCUUACUUAUUUUCAGUCACAGUGUGCAACUCCGUGUAAUCCCAUCAACAUCACUGUGUGCUGUAAAGAAGGCAUGAAGGGUGAGAAGGGCGAGAAAGGAGAAUCAGGAACAAAUUGUAAAUGCCCUUUACAGAAUCCAAACAAACCUUCUGCUCACAUUGAAGCUGCCGAUAUUAAGACCGUCACUUACCAAGCCAACACAGUGAUAAGGGACUGGUCUGUCAGUGCCCCUCAUAGCCACCUAGCAGGCGGCGUGACCUACAACAACGGAGAACUGACUGUGCCCACCACUGGACGGUACUACAUCUACGCACAACUUUUCUAUCAUUCCAAUGGGAGAGUCCAUGUUCGUGUAAACAACAGACCCGUUACCAUGGUACAACCGAGUGGAACCGGCCAAGGUACUCUGUACGCUGGAGGAGUAUUUAACCUUAAGGCUGGUGACGUCAUCUCGUUGGCUGUGACAUACUAUAUCAGGGUCUUUAUGUAUUCCGUUCACAGUUAUUUCGGUGCGUUUUUGAUUUGAGUUUCAAUCGUUGCGUGUCGUUAACGAAACUGCACAAUAUCGUCAUUAACUAAGGGUUUUAAAGCUUGAUACUUUUUUUGACCACGCUGUUGUUCAUUGGUGUCACUGAUUUGUAAAUUAAAGAUAUUUUGUUUUUGCAUAAUAUCUCAAGUUAAGUUGCCAGGGGAUUGUAAUUUUAUCUGUUAAGAAUUAAAAUAAAAAAGGAUGGUGCAAGA